AUGGAAUUUUUAGACCAUAAAAGCAUGUUUUUGGUAAUUUGCUGACUGUUUUAUGAAAAUCCAUGUCAAAAGCAUUAUUGGCUAAAACUAUGUGAGAAAUUAACAGAUAUUAAAUUUGGUAGCUUUUGAAAGCAGCUUGAAGAAGAUGGUUAUAAGGAAUUAAAGGUACCUGAAGGUUGAUCUUUUCUAGUUCCUUAUUAUAUAUACGACUAUUUCGUAAGAACAAUCAAGUUUUCCAAUAAAGAAAACCUAUUUCUUAACGAGCUUGAUUCUAUUGCAGCAAUCUCACGCUUUCACUUUCCUUUUGCAAAAAAAUUAUGUGAAGAAGAAAUAUCAAAAAUUAAAGCAAUAUUUUCCACAGAGUAUGUUAGAUCAAGAUUUAGCGAGUACAGCGUUUCUUAUGGUGAAGAAUUGAUCGAUGAGUUUUUAAGAAAGAUAUUUAUGUUUGAUUUAGGAGAAAAAAAUACAUCAGCAAGAGUUUUGAUAAAUAAUUAUACUUAACUCAAUUAUUCAGAUAUUUAAAGCGCUACUUCUUCCAAGGGAGUAACGUCAGAAUUUUCAUUUUAACUAUCAAUAAAUGAUGUCGACAGCCAUUUUGUCAAACAAGCAUUCAAGAAAACCCCCAAAAGAACCAGAAAAUCUUAACUGCUUGGGUUGAUCUCGCUCCUAAUUCAGCCCAAUGCGUGUUUAACCUAACUCCCCCCCCCCCUCCGUGAGCGAACAAAAAAAUUUUGUUCGCUCACGGAGGGGGGUUAAUUUUUUUUUUUUAAAAAAAAUUUAUAUAUAAAUUUUAUAAAAAAUAUUUUUUUCGAAAUUUAAAAAAAUCCUAAUUUGCAAAAAUUGGGAAGCAAAUAUAAUUUUAAUUUGCAAAAUUUAUGUUUUAAAACGCAAUUUGUUUAAAAUUAAACAGAAUUAGCUCUAGAUUUCAUUAUACUAAUUAUCACUUAUAUAUCAAAAUUUUUUUCCAUUAAAAUUUUUUCUAUUAAAAAAAAUUUUUGUUCACUCACGGAGGGUGGGUUUUUGGUCAAAAAAUGGCGAUUUUUCUAAUGGUUUUGUUCGCUCACGGAGGGGGGGGGGAGUAAGUUUUACCCUCUUUGGUGUGCGCCAAACAGUAAAAAACUAUCCUUUCUUCAUUAUUAGAUCAGCCUAACUGUCCUAUACGGUAAUCCAUAUUGCGCAUUGCUGAUAAAGGUUUACCUGCCAAACUGAAAUCUAUAAUAGCGGAACGCCCUCGAAGAGUCAUAUUUCCGUACGCAGCAAUUUUAUUAUUAUGAUUAAUUAUUAUACAAUCGUCAAUAGUUAUGCUUGAAUUAGAGACCCUACCAUUCGAUUUUCAGGGACUACUUAUUCGUUGCUAAAUUGCUUUUCUAGCUUUAUUAGUUUUAAAACAUGUAACAAUCUUGAAGAAAGAAUCCGUAGUGUAGAGCUCCCAUCAAGCAUCUUAUUUUUUGAUUUUUUGAAGAAAAUAAAUAAAUAUGCCGCAGAGCUAAUGAGUGAUCCUGCAAAUUACAAUGAAACUCUAGAAAAUCAAAUUAAUCUAAUGGAAAGCUUCGCAAAUGAAGAAAUUAUCAGCAUAGACUUUGUACCCAAAGACUCAGACUUGAAAAACAUGAUUCAAUUGCUGUCCUCAAAUCUUUUUGGUGGUUUAAUGAAAUUUUGAAUGAAAUCAUCGACUUCUGAGCUAUGAUUAAAUUAGAGUAAAACUAGAAUGAGUCUUCAGGGUUUAUUUAAGCCCCUCUCCGCCUUCACCGACUUUAGGCUUCCCGCUCUAAGGAUCGGGAUGAACUAACCCUCUUUUCUGUUGUCAUUACCAAAAAAUGGUAACGUCAGCAUCUCUAAGGGGAGACACAUCCAGGCACUUCCUUAGGCAAACUCCUAGAGGUUAGCACCAUCUGCCUGGAGAUGGGAGGUAGGAGGCGGUCCCAGAAUCUCCAGACUCUGAUCUACUUAUCUAUGAGUCGCGCUAAAAAAACUGUCGUAAUUUCCCGGCCAGGGAUAAAAAACCCACCCAGGACACAAAAAGCCGAGGGCAUGAGAAAAGGCCAGGCGGAUAAGUCACUAUUUUAUUUAUGUUGAGGAGCUAUGAAGUCAAAGAGAAAAGUAUAUAUCAAGAUAUAAUAUAUUAUGCGAAGAAUACUCAAAAGAGUAUCCAGAUGAUUAUAACUAUCUUAUUAAUUCUGUAGAAUAUGAUUGAACAAAAGGAUUCAAAUGUUUCCUUAUUUACUUACCUGAAAUGAUGAAUAAAAUUUUAGGAAACAGUAAAAGUCAAGAUGCAAGUAAAAUUUUUCACUUAAUAAAACCAUUUUUCAAAAUUCUGCUGAGUCAGAAUAUGUAUAAGCUAUGGCGAAAGCUUUUCCUAAAAGGUCAUGUCCUGCAAUCAUUGGUUAUCGAUACAUUUUGCAGCAUUGAGGAGAUUUUCCCGUUAAUUAAUAAGAUAGAAGCUCAAUUUUACUUUUCCGCCUUUGAUAAAUCAUCUGCGAAUUUUGGAAUUGUUGAGAUCAGAAGUGACAUAAAAAUAUUAAUCAAAGAAUUUACCAAGAUUCCAGCUAUAAUGCAAUGCUACCGUGAAAUUGUUACUGAUAUAGAAAUAAAUGAAGCGGAUUAUGAAGGCUUUGUUGAAGAAAUUUUAGAAAAGACAUAUUUGAUAAAAUUUACUAAGGGUGUUGUUGGUAGAUCAACUUGCAAUAAUUUUAUAUUCAUUUCAACCUGCUCAGAAACAGAUGAUAUUGAGUUGCAAAAGGGGGCAAUAUUAGUGACUUUUCUUCAUGAAAUAAUUCAUUUACUAAAACAGAAAAUUUAUUUCAAAAAUUAA